UACUCACCUCUUCUCCGCAUUCCGUCUUCUUCAAUCAGAAACCCUCGGGCGGUGGAGCGUGCAGAAGUGACGACGGAGCUUGCAGGCGAAAUUGUUAACGGAUUGCGGGGUUUGAAACCCUCAAUUUCCGCGUCCUAGUCACCUACUCCCAUUUCUCUCUAUCGUCGUAGAUCUUCGCAGGACUCACUGGCAGAAAUGGAGGGCGGAAUAUUGGAGGUGAUACUAUGCAUGAUCCUCUUGUUAGCUGUCUUUUCGCUGCUAUUGUGGAGGCGCCGCCAGUCGUCUCGUUCAUCACAUGGGCACGAGGAAGAACCACAGCAACAGCGGGUGGAGAGGGUGGUUCAUCACUCUGGAACUCGUCGUAUGCGUAGGAGGCCAGCUGCCAUUAAUUCUUCUGUUGCCUCAACAAGCGCACAAGAUCUUCCUUCUGGAAGUGACGAUGAGGUUCCUGAGGAUGAUAAUUAUGUUGCUAAAGCUUCGACAAAAAAAGAGAGGAAAAGACAAGAGCGUGAAGCACAAAGACAGGCUGAGGAUGCUGCAAGAGAAUCUAGAAAAACAAAGCAAGAUCGCUAUGAAGAAUUGAGGAGAAGGAAGGAUGAGGAUCGUGAAGCAAGAGAGCGUGCUAUGGAAGAAGAAGCUCUAGCUCAGAGAGCAAAGGAGGAUGCUGCUGCUGCUUUGGAAUUUGAGAAAUGGAAAGGGGAAUUUUCUAUUGAUGCAGAAGGUACUACAGCAAGUGAAAAUCAAGAGGAAACUCAGGGUUUACUGAGUAACUUUGUCGAAUACAUCCAGAAGCAAAAAUGCAUUCCAUUAGAAGAUCUUGCUGCUGAGUUCAAGCUCCGCACCCAGGACUGCAUAAACCGAAUAAUGGAAUUGGAAAAUAUGGGGAGAUUAUCUGGUGUGAUGGAUGAUCGUGGAAAAUAUAUAUACAUCUCUCCUGAGGAAAUGAGGGCUGUUGCUGAAUACAUUAAAAGACAGGGGAGGGUUAGCAUUUCACAUCUAGCAAGUAAGUCUAACCAAUUCAUUGAUUUGGAGCCUAAGGCACUAUUUGAGGAAGAACAUAGUUCAGAAGCAAUAGCUGCCAAUUAGAUCAAACUGUACAUAUUUUUAGGUUACUAUCAAGGUAAAUUGCUGGUAAUAUAUGAUGAAGCUAUCUGUAUCGUAUACUAUAGAAGAUAAUAAUGAGCGGUUUUGCUUUUAGGAGAGAUCAUUGGUAAGCUACUUCAGUAAAUAAAUAAAUAAAUUAAUUAAAUUGCAAAA